AUGACCGAGACGACCAAGGUAUUGACUCAGAAAAGUAGAGGAGGACGGCAGACGUUUAAGACCGAUCUUCCUGCUGGCGCAAGUCUAUGGCCUACGAUUAAUUCUCAAGACACAAAUUUGAUGUUGGAGAUGCUAUUACGCCUACUUCAACCUAUUGGUCACCAUCGAUCGAUCAAUCCACCGCCGUCGUCGGUCAAGCGGAAUCGGAAACGUAAGCGUCUUUCGCCUUCAUCUGAGCUUAAUCCUUCGUCAAGGACGGGAUCAAGCUCACCUGAGAUCUCACGACACGUCGUAGUUGGAAUCAAUAGCAUCAAUCGCCGUCUUGAGCAGCAAGCCCAGCAUCGAAAAGCUGAACCAGAUCAAAGAUCUGACGAGAGUCCCGCAAACAUCUGCCUCAUCUUUGUACCAUCAUCCCCAUCCACGAAGAUACCGGUCCAAUUUCAGCAUCUACCUGUGUUGGCUCGCACGGCCGCAGAUGCCCCAGCACUGCUCAUCCCAUUGCCAUUAGCCGCCGAGAAGGACCUUGCGAAAGCUUUAAGAAUCGCACGGGUGUCGGCUGUCAGCAUCUGCGAAAAUGCACCGAGUGCUGAGGUUCUGAUUGAAUUUUGCAAGAAACAAGUCAAGCCUGUGAAUGUGCCGUGGCUUGAGCUGGCACUUGAUGGGGCUAUAAAGUGGAAGGGUACGCAAAUUCUGAUUGAGGAAACAUGA